UUUGGUUCUUCUUGUUCGUCAAUGGCGCCCGUAGACCCACACUCUUACACCGAUUCUUCCCACCCUCUAACCGUUCACAUUUCCCUCUCUCUGUUCUUUGAUUUUCCUUCCACCACCAUUCAUGCUUCUGCCCUAAUUUCUCUCUCGACUUCGCACUCUGGUCCUCUCUCCCUCGAUGCUCGUUCUCUUACCAUUCACUCCGUUCUUGACCCUCAGUCCCAUGCUCCGAUUCCGUUCUCGAUUUCUCCUCCUGAUCCCAUCAAAGGUUCUCUUCUCUCCGUUUCGCUUUCUGGUCAGUCCUCUUUUCUCGUGAUUUACAGUACUGCUCCUUCAUGCUCGGCUUUGCAAUGGAUGACUCCUCCCCAGACUUUCAACAAGACGCAUCCAUUUGUUUACACACAGUGUCAGGCUAUUCAUGCUCGUUCGAUUUUCCCCUGCCAGGACACUCCAGCGGCGCGUGUGUGUUACUCUGCGCGUUUGAAUAUUCCCCGUCAACUAUCGGCGGUGAUGGCCGCGCGGAGUGUGGAGCGUCGCCCGCCGGAUGUUGGUGAGGGUUCGAUGUUGGCCGGAGGGGUUGAUUUUCUGUGGGGCGGAGAAGGGAGAGUGGUGGAGGAGUUUGUGAUGGAGCAGCCGAUUCCGCCGUAUUUGUUCGCUUUUGCCGUUGGAGAGAUCGCGUUCAAGGAAGUGGGGCCGAGGACUAGGGUUUAUGCGGAAUCGGUGCCGUCGGUGCUCGAUGCUGCAGCGAGAGAAUUUGCAGGGACAGAGGAGAUGAUGAGGCAAGGUGAGAAGUUAUUUGGACCGUACGAUUGGGAGCGAUUUGAUCUGCUAGUGUUACCUCCGAGCUUUCCUUACGGUGGGAUGGAAAAUCCGAAGAUGGUGUUCUUGACACCGACGGUGAUAAAGGGGGAUUCUACGGGGGCGCAUGUGGUUGCUCAUGAGCUUGCUCAUAGCUGGACUGGGAACCUCAUCACUAACAAAAACAACGAACAUUUUUGGUUGAACGAGGGUUUUACAACAUAUGCAGAAAGGAGAAUUGUUGAGGUUGUGCAAGGGGAGGAUGCAGCUACCCUCAAUAUUGGAAUUGGUUGGAACGGAUGGAAAGAUGAUGUUGAAAGAUUUAAGGAUAAUCUGGAAUUUACGAAGCUAAAGACGAAUCAAGAGGGCGUGGAUCCAGAUGAUGUGUAUUCUCAAAUACCUUACGAGAAGGGUUUUCAGUUCCUAUGGCGUAUCGAACGCCAGGUGGGCAGGCCCAAAUUUGAUGAAUUCCUGAAGAAAUAUAUCGAAACGUUUAAAUUUAAGUCGAUUGAUACCGAAACGUUUCUUGAUUUCUUGAAAGAAAACCUCCCUGGAAUUGAGAAAGAAAUAGAUUUGGAACUGUGGACUGAAGGCACUGGUAUCCCUCCAGAUGCUUAUGAGCCCGUUUCUAAUUUGUACACAAAGAUCCUGUCGCUAGCUAAUGACUUUAAGCUUGGUAAAAUGCCGAGGGAAGAUGAAACCGCUGAUUGGGGAGGGCAAGAAUGGGAGCUCUACUUGGAGAAUCUGCCUAAAUCUGUUGAAGCCUCCCAGAUCCAGGCACUAGAUGCCCGUUAUAGGCUUUCGGAAUCAAAGGAUUAUGAGAUCAAAGUUGCAUUUCUUCAACUCGCAAUUUCGUCAAAGUUCCGAGAUUGUUAUGUUGAGGUCGAGAAAACUUUGAAGGAAGUUGGGAGAAUGAAGUACCUCCGCCCACUCUACAACGCUCUUACACAAGGUUCCGGGAUGGAAGAAGAUAAGAUUUUGGCAAAGAGGAUAUAUUCCGAAGCCCGUGAGAGUUAUCACCCGAUCGCUCAAAGGGUUGUUGAGGCCAUCUUCUCCAAGAACAUGUAAGUAUUGGAAACUUAAUUUGUCACCUACCAUUGAUGUUUGGAGGAGUCUCUCUAGCAUUGUGGUCUAAAGCCUCUCCGGCAAACUAUUUUCCCAGCUUGUGGAAAUCUUAAUAACUUUUGAGUAUGAAGAGAAUGAAAAAAGAGGUGACUUUAAAUA